GUACUCUCUAUCUCUUAACUCUCCUCUCUCUCUCUCCACAGAGAAAACCAACAGUAGCAGUAAAUUGCUUGAGUUCUUGAUGAGAGAGACAGAGAGAUCAAUUAGUAUAAUGUCUUAAAUGAUCUCAGAAAAUAAAUAAACAUUGGCGGCGUUUGCAGCAAUUUCUUAAAUUUCCUCACCAUCAUUACUCUCUCUCAUCCGCUCCAAAAUCUGCUCCUUAAAUUAAUGAGCUAGGCAGCAGAAGAAAAUAGAGAAGAAGGAAUGGCUGGAUUCUAUCUAGGAGGGAGAGAUAACAGCAAACAAGAUCAUCAUCAUUAUCAUCAUCAUAUGGACAAGGAUCAUAAUGAAGACAAGAGGGACAGUUAUUUAUACAAAGACGAGAUCUACAACAACAACAACAAUAGAGGUUUUGAGAUUUGGCCACCUCAAUAUUUUCAACAACAACAACAAAACCACGUGGCUCCUCCUACAAAUCUCCUCUCCUUUGGUAUGGUCCCAAGCGGUGGCAGCAAUAACGAAGACCGGAGUAGUAAUCGGAGUUUGUACUUUAACGUAGACCAUGAGCCGGUUAGAACCUCUACGGGAAGGUUUACGGUAACAAGGCAAGGAAACAUGAAUUGCCAAGACUGUGGGAAUCAAGCCAAGAAAGCUUGUCCUCAUAUGAGAUGUCGUACUUGUUGUAAGAGCCGAGGGUUUGAUUGCCAAACCCACGUGAAGAGCACGUGGGUCCCGGCUGCUAAACGUCGUGAGAGACAGGCUCAGUUAGCUGCUUUGCCAGCUAAGCGGAGUCGAGAGGCUAGCUCAGGCAGUGGUGAUGAUGAAGAUGGAGGUCAAGGCGGUGGUGGUGGUUCGGCUCUUGCUUGCAUCCGUGUUGUUAACGCUAGCGCUUCAGGGUUAGAGAGUAGUCACUUACCGCCGGAGAUAAGUUCACCAGCUGUAUUCCGGUGUAUGAGAGUCAGCUCGAUCGACGAUGAGGACGAAGAAUACGCAUAUCAAACGGCUGUGAACAUCGGUGGACACAUGUUCAAAGGCAUUCUCUACGACCAAGGUCCAUCAGAUAACCCCUACAGCUCAAGCCCUGCCGCCACAGAAGCCUCUCAACACCAUAUUAACCUCUUGGUCUCAACCGCUUUAGCCACCACCACUACAACCGCCAUGACUGCGAUUAAUAAUAAUAACGCAUCGAUUGAUCCCUUCAGCUCUUAUAUCACCACCGGUACCCCCUUCUUUCCACCUCCUAGGUCUCGAGACUGAUAUUUUAAAUCUUUCAAAAACGUUUUUGAUCUCUUAGAAUUAUCAGAGAUUCGGGGUACAACGAGUAAGAAAAAAAUGAUUAUUUUGAGAUUUUUGUUGUUGUCGGACAAUAUGGUAGUAAAUUUC